UGCGCAUGCGUGAAUGAAAGAAUGAAAGUGCUUCGCGCGUUUUGCUCUGAACCUGUCAAACCAUAGACUGUAAAGUCUAUUGUGAAAACCAUCAAAUAAACUGUUAUCAUGUCAUGUUUCUUGGCGACAUUUGACAUUACGUCUUUUUGAAAAAAGAAGAGGCCAAAGCAGCAAUAAAGCUGUUCCUCGGAAGAAAAAUGGCACCGGGGCAGGACACAGAGUUGGAUAAAGUCCUUGACGAGGUGUUAAAGAGUGGGGAUGUCCAAGCACUGGAUGUUUUCUUGCAAAGGGACAUACAUGAAGAGGCCCCCAUAAAAUGUUCCCAACAGUUUCUCACCAAAUUGGAUAAACUUGUCAGGAGGAGUUUAGAUCAAAAAGAUUUCAAGUCAGCCAGUUUGGGUCUCGCUAUCCUCUACAAGUGUGGGAAACAACUGAAACUACCUGGUGGUUGUCAAGGACUGUCAGGAAUAAUAGCCCAAGGUCUGCUCAAAAAGAUGGUGCAGUGGUUUGAGAAAUGCAGGCAGCUGUGGAUCCAAUGUGGCCCGCAGUGGAAUGAGACCUUGUUCAACCUCUCUGAAGAUUUCUUUGAUGCCUUAAUGGUGGUUCAUGAAGCAGGCAAAGCGGGAACAUACAACAUCACAGAGUCCUUCCUGUAUCCCAUUGGUCAAUUGGCAGUAGAUCCCAGAAUCUACAUCCUGAUCCAAAAAGAGGCAAUCCGCAAAUUUAACUUAAUUCUGGACAAGAUCCCAGUGGAGCUGAAGAAAGAGAGGAAGAUCCUAACAUCACAGGAGGCCUCAGAUAUCAUGAUCAAGCUGGCUGGUCGUAUUUUGGAGGGUGGUGAUUACGACUUGCAGACAGCCCUGAUGGAGGCAUUGUGCAGAAUGGCCACUCCUUAUCAGAGGAAAGAGCUGGCAGACCGCUGGUUCGGCAUGGAGCAUGUGGCCAGUGCCUUUGUCAAGAUCUGUGAUUCUGAGUUUGAGACGGAUUGUCGGAAGUUUCUGAACUUAGUGAAUGGGAUGCAGGGAGACAGGAGAAGAGUGUAUUCCUAUCCUUGUUUGGAGGCUUACCUGGACAAGCAUGAGCUGCUGAUGCCUGCUGAUGAGAAGUUGGAAGAGUUUUGGAUCGAUUUCAACCUUGACAGCCACAGCAUCUCUUUUUACUUCUCUUUGUCUGAUGAAGAAGCACAGGAGGGCCAGUGGGAAACAAUAUGCAUCAAUGAGAAUGAACUCCAAAGCUACACUGUUACAGAGGAGGGCAAGAGGAAAAUAGUGCAGUUAAAGUUGUCAGAUGUGGUUGUUGUGGGUGCAGUAGAAGGAUCAAGUCUUACCAUCCACUUCAGCUCCUCCCUGGACAUCCUGCAGGCUGCUCAAACCGUCUUUGGACACAGCAAAAAUAAAGGCUUUGUGAGGAAGACAGGCACAUCUGUAGUGAAGACUACAGUUAAAAUUAUAAUGGAAGAUAACAGCUCACAGGUUGUUCCAGAGAGUCAGAUGUCCAUUGGUCAAAGUGAGAAAAAUACUGCCCCCUACCACUUACCUGGCCCAUCUGCCCCUUUACAGAUGAUCACUCCAACCAGGAUGAGGAUGUCGGAGUCUACCACCUUCAUCAGCAGCAGUGGAGGAGGAAGUGUGCAUGGUGCCAGUUCCCUCUCUGCUGUUAUGUCAUCAAACACUUCAGCCCAGCGUAAAGGCAAGCCUUCUCUGGAGAUGGUUCGUUCAUGUGAUAGGCAAGGGGGAGUUUACACUGCUAAGAGCUGCAGUAGUGUUACAACACCUAACAGCACAAUAACAGGUGGCAUGACAGAGCAGAGUGCUGCAUCUCUACAGAGCAUGGCUUCCAAACUGCCAAAAAAGAAUAAGGUUGGCAAACACAACCAGAGCAUACCAGUUGCAAAAGCAAUAGAUGGGGUUUUAGCUGGACAGGGAGAAGAGCAGUGUCUGGAGCCGAGUUUUUUGCCUGACACCCAGCCCCAAACUGGGAGGAACAUAUCUGUGAACUGGAACAAACUGUCAGUUUCUGAAAUGCUAAUGAUGCCCACCCAGAAAAUUACUUCUUUGCAAAUACCUGAGAAUCGAUUAAGUUCGGCUCAGCAGCAGGAGCGCCUGUCCUCAGCACAAACAUUGUCAGGCCCAGGCUCAAGCUCAAUCAGCCAAAAGCAACUCCAUACCAAACUCACCCAGCGCCUCCAGCAGGUCCUCAGUGAGAGGAACCAAGAUCCUGCACCCCAGGAGCCAUCUGUAUCCCAGAUAAAAGUGUUUGAUAUCAGAAAGGACUCUAAAGGCAGAAGUUCUGCAGAUAGGUGUGCUUCAAUACUUAGUCCUCCCAAAGAGCAGCAGGCCCAGAGAAAUGGCGUGGCCAAAGGGAAAAGAAAACACCAGAUGUCACUAGAGGCAGAUGCUAUUAAAAUCACAGCUCCAGCCAAGGCCUCCACAACCAAAGCUCUGAAGAAGAAAGUAUUACCAAAUCUUACGGUUGAAACUAAUAAGGCUCUUUUAAGCAAAGAGAAGAAAGAUGCAGAGGUUGCUGGCAGCAUGGUGAAGCUCAUCUCUAGCCGUUAUGAGAAUAACACCCAAUCCACAGCAAAAGGUAUCCCUAAGAGCUGGAUUCCUCCUCUAUUCAACAGGCCUAUCUUCAAUAUGAGCUGGCUAUCAACUGCUAAAAAAGAAGAAUCGGGAGACGUGAGCCUAAUAAAAUUCUACAGCCAAAUCAAAACAAGCUCUACAAGGCAGAGAAAAGAUAUUUUUGCAUUCAACAUUGAUGAACCAUUGAGUGUUAAGGGAAAAACCAAAACCUUUACUAACACUUCUGCCAUAUCAAGCAGUGACAUCCAUGACUCUUCGGCACUAAGCACAACCGAGAAAGGACAGCCUAUUGCAAAAGGUAAGCGGUAUGUGAAGAAGCAUCUGUUUAGUGACACAGACUAUGUCACAACAGAUGUCAGCUGGCUGAGGGAAUCAAGCAGGAAACCCAAACCCAAAGUUACCACAUACUCCAGGCAGGCACCCAUCAAGCCUAAAGCUGUGUCACCUCAUACUUCAUAUGAAUCCCCAGAUUUACCCCCACCCUCUCAAAAGCCUGUAAAGAGCAAUGCCAAACCCAAAAAGAAGAAGCCUGGUGUGGAGGAGAAAGUGGAGCAGCCAAACAAGACAGUGAAGUCAGCAGUACCACCCAGCAGACCACAUGCAGCAGGCAGGAGGCCCCGGAGAAGUGUAGCCACUUCUAAGAACUACAGGGAGCCAGAUACUGAUGACAGCCAGUCGGAAUCAGAGAAGCCUCCUGUACCCAAGGCAAAUGCUUCUCCUAUAUCUUAUUACUUUCCUAAUCAUCUGAAGAAUACUGAGAAAACCCACGAGGUUGCUCAGGUGACAAAGAAAAAGGCUGCCAGCAAACAACCAACUAAAAGCUAUGAGAAGCUAGCUAGCAGCCAGUCAGAGUCAGAGUCUGUGUCAGAGGAGCCAACCACUUCCAAGAAAUAUUUUGUUGGCCAGCAGGGGAAGAGUAAGAAGACCCAUUUAGAAGUUCCAGAGGUAAGGAACAGAAAUAAUACCUCCUCCGAGCAGUCCCCAGAUACAUAUAGGAGACAGGACAGCACCAACCAAUCAGAUCUGAAAAAGCCACCUGGUCUCAAGCAGCAGAGACCUGAAAAUGUUCUUCCAGAAACUUCCAGAAAGUUAAAUAAGAAAAAUGUCGUCCCUGCCCAAGAACAGAUGAAUGGAUUGAAAGAUUCCUGGGCUGCCCGCCACACCUCUUUCUGUUCGUCUCCUCCUUUAAUUGAGAGGAUGAGAUCUGCUGAGAGGUCAGCCCAAACCUUUGGUUUGACCUGCUCCCCUCUCCUCACCCCACGCGGGUCCCCACUCCCUGCCUCCCCUGACCCACCCUGUGAGGACACCCCCUCGCCAAUCCUGCUGCUACCCAAACCUCGCUCUACCGUCAACAGUAAAGGACACUUCAGGGCCUGCUCUUUCAACAGUGCAGAAAAGAAGCACAACUCAUCCAAAACUCAAUCCAUCCAGUCUAUCCCUUCACUGACCCCUAUAGGUCAAACUCUUGCACACUGUGCUCUCUCUGGACCUUGUGCAACAGAGAUAAGUCCAAUCCAGCAGCAUCUACCCUCAACACCUCGAACUCCUUUGUCUCUGUCCACUCAGCCACUGUUGACAUCCACACUACUCGAGCUGGACAAGCCGUCAAUGCCCUCUCCUCCACUGUCUCCCUUCCCAGAAGACACCGUCAACCACGGGAGCCAUUAUAGCUUUAGUAAAGUGUCUUCAGUAUCCUGGCUUUCACUGAGCCAGUCAUCCACUAAGUCAUCAUUACUCACUAGAAGAGUAAAGGACAGCCCAGCUGCCCUGGCUGUGUCUCAUAAAGCAGAGAAAACACCAUCUUCAGACCGAAAUCCUGACCAGCUUCUUAUCUCAGGACCCAGUCGUAAGCGCCGCACCUCCUCAUCCAGUAGUUCAGAGGAAGAAAAAGAAGAGAGGAAGAAAAGCAAGAUGAGAGGGCAGCGUUCACCUCGGAUUAAACCAAGGAAGUUGUUCAAGUCCUUCGCUGAGGUGUCUGUGGAGGGUGAGGUGAGCCGCGUGAUGUCUUCUUCCCACACGAUGAGCUCGAGUCAUUGGGGGGCUGAAGUGGGGGAAGGAGACAUGGACAUGGAUGAGGAUCUCGAGUUGCAAGAAAAUGUUGUAAACCCGAGAAACCUGUGCCAGCAAUUCAGCUCUGAGUUGAAGAAGAAGUUCCAGAACCGUUUUAAUAUGGUGGAGAUUUACAACAAGCAUUCUUUGAAGACCGUCCAGCAACAUGUCUCCUCCCUCAGCACGCAAGUUACCAAAUACAGGACUCAGAGGCUUGAACAGGUUCAGAAGGUCCUCUUGGACGAGAUCCAAAAACUGGAGCAGGAUGACACUGUGCUGAAAAGCAUGGAGAAAGACCUGACUAUGUACUGGAAAAAGCAGACUGUGGCUUUCCAUUCCUACCAGGAGCAGGCGACCACAAGAAAUGAGGACCUGAAAAAAGCCCUUCAGAGCAACGUGUGUCACAGCUUGGAGUAUGAGGAGAGAAUAUUCACAUCCCAGAUGGGCCUGAUAAGAAAAGACAUGAAGUCAGUUCAGGACAGACUCCUCAGCGAGAUGCAAGAGGGUGAGAUCCAGAGUGUGAAGAGAGGCCUGCAUGCUUUGUUUUUCCCCUGAUGGAGCCAUGAUUGGCCUGAACAAAUCUUCUGCCACGGCUCUCUACACUAUAAACAAGGUUGUGCAUUUCACCACAUGAUGUACGCUGCGCUGUGUACUUCAGCUGUGCUGGUUUUAUAUGAAAGUGUUUGUCUGAAGGGUUGAUGUUCCUAGUUCUGCUGUUAUUGUAUGUUGGAUGUGUUUGGUUUUAUUCAGACAUGGAUGUGUUGUUUCUCAAUGUUUUUUUUAUCUGAAAUGUCAUGUUAUUCUGAUAUUUGAUUACAGUUACGAAUUCAAUAAUUUUAGUGUUACUUGAUAGAAAGUACAGGUAAUUUUUGCCACUGAUAUUUUUAACACAAAUUCCUGAUGUAUUCAUGAAGGUUAGUUAAGUACUGAAAAUCACCAAUUAAACAUUUAAAUUGUUAAAUCUAUUGUUUUUAAAAUAACUUUCAACUGGAUUCUUGAUUGAAAAUAAAACAAGCCAUUCUUAAAAAAGACCUUGUAUUUUGAAGACAAGUAGUGCUUACAAAGGUAUUUCUCUUUUCACUGAAGACAUUAACAGUCCCAUUCAGAUUGACACACUGUAUGUACAGUUAUUAUCAAAUUCAUCCCCAAUACCACCUCCCCCAGACUGCAGUCUUUACACAGUCCAAGUGACACAUUAUCAGUUAAGAAAAGGUGAAGCUGGUCACAUGCACAACUUGUUCCCACUACACGGAUCCACGCCGCCUUGUCAAAGGAGUUCAUGAAAUAGUACAAAAAAACAAAA